AUGAGAGACCUGGGCAGUGUGCAGCCUUACGAGGCAAAAGAGAAAGUCCAGGCAGAGGUCAGCAAGUUUCUUCUGGCCAAGAAGCAGGCAGCACAAGGAAGCACGCUGCCACUCCAGCAGCCAUUGGCAGAUGCUCAGUCAGAAGGGCUGCUAGCAACAGGAAAGGCAGCAGCAGAACAGGCUGCAGGCCAGCAAGAGCUGGCGCAACUGAAGGCAGAAGUGGCAGCGCGCAAAGCAGAAGCUCUGGCAGCAGCAACACAUCAAGCAAUUCCAGCAGCAAGGCAGGAACAAUCAGCUGAGGUGAGGAAGCUGAAGGAAGAGCUGCGUGCCGAGGCAAUGCAAACUGCCAUUCGCCAGGCGCAAGAGCAAGAGCUGCAGCAGCUUAAGGCAGAACUUGCAGCAAGGCAAGCGCACAGCAAGACAGAACAAGAGGCGCAAGCAAAGCAAACUGACAGGCAUUCUGCAGCAGAGGCGCAGCAGGUUGCAGAGCUGAAGGCAGAGCUUGCAGCGCAGGAAGCAGAAGCAGCGCAAGCACACCAGGCGGAGCAGCUGGCAGAAGCAAAGCAGCUGGCAGCAGAAGAGGCUACCAGGCAGAAGCAGGAGCUAGCGCAGCUCACGGCAGAACUUGCAGCGCAACAAGAACAGCAGCAACUGACAGAAGCAGAGCAGGCAGCAGCAGCGCAUGCCAACUUUGCACUUCAGAAAGCAGAGCUGCAGUCGCAACUUGCAGCGCAACUGGCACAAGCCAAGCAGCUUGCAGCA